GAUCUCACUCCAGGUGCCUUUCAAGACUGCUGUCUUCGACGACCGAUCACACAGUUGCAUCAUGGCCGAUGCACUUGAGAUCGCAAGUGCCGUCUUGGCUGUUUUCGUGUUGACCGUCUUCAUCAAUUGGAGGUUUCAUCCGUUAUACUCCAUCCCGGCAAUUGGGCGUGCCUACAAGUACUGUAAUAAUGCCCGCGAGGUCCUCCAAGAGGGUUACGCGAAGCACAAAGUCUUCAAGGUCGCUAUGCUUGACCAGUGGAUUGUGAUCGUCAGCGGCGCGGACAUGAACGAGGAGUUGCGCAAGAUCCGGACUCGCAUGCGACUUUUGAUAAGGCGGUUGAAGAUGUACAUCGUUCAAAUGCGAUACACUCUGUCAGAGAGUGUCGUUAGCCACCCGAUUCACCUCCCCGCCAUCCGCGGCCCGUUGACAAGGAAUCUAGGGAUCCUGUUCGGCGACGUUGUUGAUGAGGUCAAUGCAGCGUUCGCGGACACCAUCGGAAACAAGCUGCAGAGUGACGGCGAGUUGACCAUUCCCGUCGUCCUGAGCAGAAUGGGUCAGUGUAAACGUGCUGAUGACCAUGGCGGUGGUUAUCUCGCGGGCCGGAACGAAGAUUAUCUGCAGAUCGUCCGCCAAUUCACAUUUGACGUCGGGAAGGCGAGGUUCCUACUCAGCUUGUUUCCGAAGUCCACGCGGAACGCAUCGGUAUACCUCAAGCCCAUGAUCGAGGAACGUCAGAAGAAGCUAAAGGUGUUGGGCGAUGACUGGACGGACAAGCCUAAUGACUAUCUGAUGUGGAUGAUCGACGAAGCCAACCGGGAAGGUCAGCCUACCCAGGUGAUACUGGAGGGUAUCAUGGUCUCCAACUUCGCUGCCAUACACACGUCCAGCAAUAGUAUGACACAUGCGAUCUACCACCUUGCAGGGGCUCCUGAAUAUGCGGCGGUAUUGCGUGAGGAGGUAGAGAACGUGAUCAAGGAGGAUGGCUGGACCAAAGUCGCGUUUGGUAAGAUGUGGAAGCUGGACAGCUUCAUGCGGGAGUCACAGCGGAUCAAUGGCAUUACUCACAUAUCCGUCAUGCGAAAGAUACUACAAGACACAACGCUCUCCGACGGGACGUUCCUUCCGGCGGGUACCGUCGUUGCGGGCGCGGCGAGUGCGACGCACCGGGAUGCGCGCAGCUAUGAGAAUCCAGACGUCUUCGAUCCGUUCCGCUUCUCAGACAUGCGCAAUGAAGACGACGCAAGGAUCAAGCACCAGUUUGUCAGCACCUCGCCAGAGUACGUGGCAUUCGGUGGUGGAAAACAUGCUUGCCCCGGCCGGUUCUUCGCCGUGAACGAGCUGAAAGUCAUGAUGGUGUACACCUUGCUCCACUACGACGUCAAAUUUGAGGAUGGGCAGCCAAGACCGGAUAACUCGUCGCGCUGGCAUGAUGUACUGUUCCGUAAGCGGCAGGUUGUGGCUGCUUGACAGUCUAUCGUUUCCGAAUUGCGGAAUCUUUCAUGUCCUCUGGCCUGUCACAGAUGUCGAGUGAGCUUGUGGACGUAGCUAGUCCUGAAAUGCAUACUAUAUACCUGGUCUGUUCGGAUUGGGGCGGCGAAAGGGUUGUCAAAGUACGCCACAUGCAGUCGGCUGUAGGACAGAGAUAUAUGCUAUACAUUACGUGCUGCU